AGUUUUGGUUUCUGUUUGACGCGAAGUAAGAGAAUGCGGGAAUAAAAACGAAAAUUGCCUGAGAAUUUGGUAUAUAUACAAGUUUAUUAAUAGAAGACUAGCAAACAAUUUCAUUUUUAAUUGUUCUCGUCUCAAUACGUAUAGUGCGUAUUCUUUUCUGAAGAGAAAUGCUAGUGAAUAAGAAUUGUGUGUUACUUUGAACGGUGCGAAUAACAAUAUCAACAUGAACUCUACUCUAUCCACGAAUCCAAUGAAUCCCAAAGAAAAAGAAAAGUACAUCGAGGAAUUUAAUUUUCCUUAUUGCGAUGAAUCCACUAAAUACGAGAAAGUUGCGAAAAUUGGCCAGGGAACUUUUGGCGAGGUUUUCAAAGCCAGGGAUAAAAAAACGGGUAAAAAGUUUGUGGCUAUGAAGAAAGUUUUGAUGGACAACGAAAAAGAGGGUUUUCCCAUAACUGCUCUGAGAGAAAUCAAGAUUCUGCAGCUUCUCAAACAUGAAAACAUAGUUAAUUUGAUCGAAAUUUGCAGAACAAAAGCCACUCCUGGAAAUCGUUAUCGAUCAACAUUUUAUCUCAUAUUCGAUUUCUGCGAGCAUGACCUCGCAGGUUUACUUUCAAACGUAAACGUAAAAUUCAGCUUAGGUGAAAUCAAACAAGUAAUGGUGCAACUGCUAAAUGGACUUUACUAUAUUCAUAGUAAUAAAAUUUUACAUCGAGAUAUGAAGGCUGCAAACGUUCUUAUCACAAAGACCGGCAUUUUAAAGCUUGCCGAUUUUGGACUUGCUCGUGCCUUUAGCAUGAAUAAAAAUGGCCAAGCGAAUCGUUAUACAAACCGGGUAGUUACCCUCUGGUACAGACCCCCAGAACUGUUACUCGGCGAUAGAAAUUAUGGGCCGCCGGUAGAUCUAUGGGGGACAGGGUGUAUAAUGGCUGAAAUGUGGACAAGAUCACCCAUUAUGCAAGGCAAUACAGAACAGCAACAGCUGACUCUGAUUUCUCAAUUGUGUGGUUCAAUCACACCUGACGUUUGGCCAGCUGUAGCAGAUCUGGAUCUCUACAAUAAAAUGGAACUGAUCAAAGGACAAAAGAGAAAAGUGAAAGAGAGACUUAAACCAUACGUGAAAGACGCAUAUGCUUGUGACCUUUUGGACAAACUUCUGUUAUUAGACCCCACUAAAAGGUACGACGCCGAUCAGGCCAUGGAUCACGAAUUUUUUUGGGUUGAUCCCAUGCCUUGCGACCUCAGUAAAAUGCUAUCUCAAUACACUCAAAGCAUGUUUGAAUAUCUGGCCCCGCCGAGAAGAUCAGGUCAUUUAAGACAUCCACAUCACCCAGUAACUGGAGGACCCUCGAAACCCAGCACAAGCGUCGCUGAUAGCGGUUACCAAGAUCGUGUUUUCUAGCGAAUUCAAAUUUCUUUAUUUUGCUUCGAGUAACCAAAGUAUUCAGUAAUAAUGCUGAGCAUUUAAGGUAAGUGUCCCGGGUAUUAAUAGUUUAGGAGUUUUGUAUCUACGCUCAUGAUAAUCCUGGAAUACUUCUAACGGGUACCUUCUUAACUUAAUAGACAACAGCGCCAUCUGAAAAGCGAACUAUUUAAAACUUUGAAAUAAUUAGAAAAUUUAACAAGAAAAUACAGUGUCAAUUCGUGUUUAUCAAUGUCGUUUGACUGUGAAAUGAAAUCCCAAAAUUCUACCCAAUAGUUCGAGGUUAGUGACGCUGUUGUCGCUGCACUUCAGGCAUGUAAUGAAUGCCCAGAAUGGCCACUGGAGCAGACAACUAUAAAAUGAUCGGGAUUUUUCACAUAUUGGAAAACCAGGAAAAUUCAAUUCUUGACCGGGAAUCGUACAUCCAAUCGCAUAAAAAACCUGAUUGAUUCUAGAGUUCUCUAGUUUUCAGAAAACUGUUAUACCAUAAGGUCCAAUUCGCAUUGAUGUUAAAAUUAUCGGAAAAAAAUUCUUUUUGAAGUCAUUUACUAGUCAGUGGGCACACAAGUCCUAAACUUGUCCUAUAUGCGUCUUUCGGCGGACGUCGUAAGGACGUCAUGAGGAUCUUUUAAAGACAUGAAAAGAUCCAAGGGAUGUCUUAAAGACGCUAUAUGCCCGCUGGGUAUAUAUAAAAAAUUAAUAAUUUGAAAAAUAUUUCUUUUGAAAGCAAGAGUGAUUAUGAAUUUUUUAUUUCAUUCAUUGUCUCUGGUUUUACUUUCAUUAAUAUAAAAAAUAUAUAUAAAUUGACCUGGAAAAAAGAUUGAAACCCAGAAAGUGAUCGGGUAUUUUUUCCAUGUCUAAAGUGGCCAUUCUGUAAAUGAGAAUUAGAAGCUAAAAAUAUAAUUUAAAUUCUAGAAGACUAGGACUCUCGUAAACUGGGACAUUUGCAGUUGGCCGGUCUUUCAUUAGAAACAAUAGUUAUUUGAAGUUUUUCAAAUUAUAAAGGAAGGAAAGGAGUUUUCAAUUAUUUCACAAAAUAAUAUUAAUGGAAUAUGCAGUUCAGUUAAAUUUUAUUCUUUUUUCUAAAUCCUAGUAAUUUAUUUUUUUUUAAUUUCCAUUUUGCAUCACGUCCUAAAUAAACUUUAUAUAUGGGUGAGUUCCCAACAUAGGCAGCGAUACGCUAAUUUGUGGACGACAGAGUUUUCUAUAUUUUUAUAUUUCCAGAUUGCAAAAUCUGGAUCAUGUUUUUUGCCUGGUCCAUUUAAAAGUUUUGUCGUCCUAUUGACAAUCCCAAUGGACGAAAUAUUAUACAUUCACUAAUUAUAUUUAGACUUAUCAUCUUAAUGGAUUUUGUUUGCAUCAAAUUAAUUUUUGUAUUUAGGUAUAGAUUUGUAUUUUCUCAUAUUUAUUUUUAGUGACGAAUCUUUUCUUCUAGAUCAAAAUCGUACGACCCGUUCUUGGGUUGUCAAAAAAUUGUAUCAAAUCUUCAAGUCAAAAGAUAUUGUAAAAUUGUAUCUGAAUUUUAUUAGAAAAUUCGUAAUUGUAUAUUUUUAAGUGGGACUGGCCCUGAAUUUUCACUUUUUUCACCUGCGAGACGGAAAAUGUAGUACAAAAAUGUAAUUCGGAUUAAUAAUGUCGCGAAUUACCAUGGAUUGCAGUAUUUUUAUCAAAAGGCAUUUAAAAAUUAUGUCUUAAAUGCUCUUCAGUAGAAAAUUGUAAUUAAAAAUUAUAUUUCUGAAUGAUUUAUAAUUAUUUAUUAAACUUGAAUAAAGAACUGGGACUUUUAAUUUUACAUUUGCACAUAAUACGUAAUCGUAAAGUUUGACGUAAAUUAAUUUAUGUGAAUGUU